CUGCUUUAUAAAUUCCAAUUUUCAGCUGGAAAUCCUUAUGGAGCAUCGCGCGGGCAGUCUACGCGAACAAUUACGGCAUCUGCUCGAAGUGGUGACGUACGAGAGUCCCUCUACAAGCACGAAGAGGUUCCACCGCAAAGGAAUGCUGGUUACUCUCCGAGGGCUUUAGACGGUGGAAGCUACUAUGACGCUCGAGGGGGCUAUGCAACUCGAGGUGGAUACGCUGGUCGUUCACGUGGUGGUCUCCCUCAGUCGCCUCGUGGCGGUUACGCUGAAGCGUACCCACCCCGUGGAUUUACAGGACCGAAACGCUACUCGGAGCAGAGAGGCGAGCUGUUGCCAACAGCCACUCCAAUAACCGUUCCUCCUCCUCUUCCGCCACCUCAGCACAACUUCAGCAUACCUCGCCAACCAACUGAUGUGGUGUAUUUCGAUCCUACUCAGCAGCAAAAUAGACAGCCGUUGCCACCGCGUGAAAAGAAGAUUAUAGAAAUUGUGCCACCAUCGAACUGA